AUGCAGACACACUCGGGCCCCAAAGCCCGGUUCCUGCAGCUUGCGGGUUUGCAGUAUCUUCUCGGGGUAGAGCCUCCCCUUCGGCCACACCUCCCGUAUCAUCUAUUGGCCAAGCUGCGCACCGCCCACGAGAUGCCAUUGGUUUGCACCGGCUGCCCAGACAAAGGGAGCGGCCGCUGCGGGAGGCGAUUGGGCGGAGCUAGGCGGGAGCGCUGGGACGGGCGGGGAUGCCGCCCUCGCGGAGGCGGGGAGGGGCCCUCCACGUGGGUGGGGCUCGGCGCCCCCCGAGGGCCGUGGACGCGGGGCGCUGGUAGCUCGCCCGCCCUUCCGCCCUGGACCCCUCCCGCCCCGGGGCUUCUGCCUGGACCGCGGCCGCAGCCUCCUCUUCCCGGAGGUCUCAGAGUUCGUCCCUGUCUCGCAAUUGGGAACGUGGACACGCAGGAGCCUGGAUGCAGAAGGGCGCGUGGGGGCCUGGAGCUGCAGCGCGAUCCGCAGGUCUGCGCCUGGGCCGCUCCACUCCCUCCUGAUCCGGAGGAAGGACCGCGGGGACCCCUGCGCGCGGACGGUGGCCACAGAGUUGGCGCGGGCCUCGGCGCUAGAAAAUGGAUACUGGUCCCGGAGAGGCGGGCCGAGUGUCCCGCUCUUGCUUCCUGGAUAAUUAACCCGGCGGCGUGCGUGGCUGGGGAGGGAGGGACAGGCCUCGGGGCGACCAGCCGGGCGGGGAGUGGCUUCUGGGGGGGCUCCCUCGCCAACGGAAGGCCCGCGAGGCCGCCCUCCGAGCUGUGCUGGCAGCCGCAGCCGAGUCAGAAGUGUCCCCACUGUCUUACGUGAUAAUGGGAUUUUACACGGUCUGCUAAGGGUGGCUUCGUGAGAAGACCAUUUCCGAAGAGGAAAUGGGCCUCUGGCCGGUGGGUUAAAAACCCCUGUGGGAUGAAAAGGACUCCCAGCCGCUUUGCGGAAGAUUGCAAAGUAAGGUGGGUUUUUGUUUCUGCGUUGUGUUGUUUUUUGUUUUGUUUUGUUUUUGUUCCAUUCCUCCUCCUCCCUGUAAAUGAGAACAAAAGGUCCCCCAGCGUGCAGGACCGGUGGACGUUUGGAAGCUGCAAAUAGAAUGAAUGUCCUUAUUAAAAAAAAAAAAAAAAAAAAAAAAACUCUGGGACCCCAAGCACGUCUAGUGUCUCUGCGUCGCAGUUUGGGUGAGGAAGAAUGUGACUUCCCCUGCACAGAGGCGGGUUGGGCACCGAUUCCGCCGUGGAGAGAGGGGUCCCGGCGUUGGGAAAGGCUCCUCUUGGUGAGACAAAGCGAGCCCUAGCUGCGGCCACCUUCCGGAGGCCCGGGCGUCUUCGCUGCGCGUGUCUGUGUACUCGCGCGGGUAGUCCCGCUUCCACCAAAACUCUGGACUUGGUUUCUCUCAAAAUAAAACUCAACAAGCCAUAAGGCCUCCCGAUGCCGAUGGAGAAGGCGCCGCGGAUUUAUGGCCCCCCGAAUUCCCCACUCUCUAAUUAUCCCUGUUUUUAGUUGACUUAUGGGUAGUGACCAAUAAAAUAAUUUUCCAUUUC